GGACGGGGAGGGACGAAGGAGGCGCCGCUGCUUUUGUUUUGUUUUUGGGUGAACCGGGCUCCGCGAAGCUGAGGCAACCGGAGGAAGAGAAGCAGCCCGUCAACGGACGGGGCGGAUGGAGUUUGCAGGUUUGCUGUAAGCAAUUUACCACAGCUAUGACACCUGCUGUCCAAGAGAAAGCAAUGAAAAGUCAUGGUGUAUAUUUAUCAUCAUCUUUACCUUCAAGAGAGAUGGAGUCCAGUGAAGCACUAGCAAUGGAAAGUACUAGACCAGUAAAAGAGAAGAUAAAUGACGAUUCUGCCACAAGUUUUUCUUGUUCUAUUUUGGGGUUACCUGGUUCUCAGGUAAACCACAAUAUUGAUUGCUUUAACUUAAAAUAUUUUGAUCCCCAGUCGCCUAAGCAUUGUUCUUUAUUAUUGAGUCCUAAUUUAACAUUCAGUGUAAACAAUAACAAUUGUAUCCAGAAGAACUUAGAAGAGCAUAAUUGCUCCAAGUUGAAAAAUCCUGUAUGUAACAGCAUUAAUACACAUUUCAAUCAGAGUAUUAAUUCAGAAUCUGGAGUAUCGGUUAGAGGGGAUGUUUUAUCAGGAACAAGGAAAAGCUUUCUGGAAACAGAGAGAUUACUGGAUUUCCACUUAACUGAAUUGAAGAGCACAGAAGAACAGCAGUUUCCAAACUAUAAGUGGUAUCGAAGAAAUGGCUUUUGUGGCAAGGCUUUAUUUGUUAAUCCUGAGACAAAAAAAGGAGAUAUGUUCCAUCAAAUAUUCCAUGACGCCCCAGAAGUAACAAUAAAUUGCAAUCCUGGCAGCAAAGAACAGGAAUUAAAUUUUCGGUUACUUCAGUGUGUAAACAAGCAACAGACUUUGUUAAACCGGGCCAAAAGAAGUCAGAAACACUUGCAAAUUUUGUUGGCAAAGCAUAUUGUCAAACACUGUGACCAGCAGAUGAAAUGCUUUGUGAAACAUCAGCUGCGGAGAAUGAAAGCUUUUCAUGAUACAAACAAUCUUUUGGAUGGAAACUAUGAAAAAUGUACUAUGGUUAAAGUUGAGAACACCCUAGAAGCUAGUAGGAAUAAAGACACACUGUCUAAUUUGGAUACUGCACCUGAUGAAAUCAAGCUGUUUGCUUGUUCUACAGCAGAACUGCUGUCUCAAGUGGAAGAAAGUUUGGAUUCUGAAGCAACUUGUAGCAGCUCAAGUGACGAUGAUGAUGAGCAGAUUUCAAAAACAACUGUGCCAAUUAACCGUAGAUCUGACUGGAAAUGGUUGGUUGAAAGAGCUAAAGUUGGCUGUCAGUGGACAUGGCUUCAGGAUCAGAUUUCUGAACUGGAAUACAAAAUUCAACAACUUACUGACCUUCACAGACAGAUUCGUGCCACCAAGGGAAUGGUGAUAUUAGAAGAAUGUUCAGUCCCAAAAGACAUCUUGAAGAAACGUACACAGUUACCAGAUCAAGAGGCAUUGAAUUCUAUAGGGAACUCACAAACUUUUCUACAGAGGCAGGAUGUUUGGCCAGAACAUGAUUUUGAAAUGUCACCCAGCAGUCCAACUUUGCUUCUUCGUAAUAUUGAAAAACAGAGUGCUCAGCUGAGUGAAAUAAUAAGCAGUCUGAUUGCUCCCCUUAAUCUGUCUCCAACGUCAUCUUCACUUUCUUCAAAAACCUGUAAACAGAAUGAAUUGGUUAAUGGCAUCUCUUUAAGAGAAUCAGAGAACAAAGAAGAAAUUUCAUCUUCUAGUAGUUGCCUGGCUGAUCAACAACAUCUGAAGAGAAGGAGGAAAGAAAAGAUGAAGCUGAAAACACCUACUGUUGCUCUGAUGAGUACAUCUGCUCGCACUAGACCACUUCUGCGUUUCCAGAGGAGAAAGUCGUAUAGAAUGAACACAGCUUUCACUUUGAAUAACCAGGCUUUGCAUCAGGGCAGUACCUUGUGUAAUACAGAAGAGAUUGCAGGCAGCAAAAGGAGUACUUACGAGUUUAGCACCAAUUCUAGUAUAGGCAAACAACUCAUGUUGGAACUAGACACAUCAUUCCAUCCUGUUUUAUCAUUUCCUUCAGGAGCAAAUGAUAGUUGUGAAACAUUGUCUUUUCAGCAUGAAGGACAGGAGUCUUAUAGUAAUCUUACAGCAGCAUCCAGCGUUGACAUGUUGUCUAGAUCUAGUCACAGUAUCUCAUCGCAGCUCAAUUCAAGGCGGAGACUGAGAAGUGAGUGUUCCUAUGACAUAGACAAUAUUGUUAUUCCUAUGUCAUUAAUUGCACCAUCAAAACUGGAGAAACUUCAGUAUAAAGAAAUUCUUACCCCAAGUUGGAGAAUAGUUAGCCUAAAGCCUUUAGAAAAACUGCAUGAGGAUGAAGAGAAGGCAGAAGAUCUGUCUGAUGAUGUCUAUGCUGCACGUCAUUCAAAAUAUGAAGACAAAGAAAAAGCACGGUGGUCCCUGUGGGAAAAGUGUCGAUGUCCUAGAAGGAAUAGAUCAUAUAGCAGAAAUUUUGAGGAACAAGAUGCAUCACUGAAAGAAAAACAAGCAAAUUCUAAUUUAACAACCUACAUUUCGGGAAACACUGCAGGCAUAACUUCAGAAGCCUAUAAUUCUCAAUAUUUGGCAACGUCAGAGUCUUCAGGAAACAAACUAUUAAUGACUCUCCUCUGGGAACGCCGGGCUUUUCCAUUAAAAAAUGAAGAAGUAGAAACUUUAAUACCCCGUCACCCAGUUCAUCAAGAAUGUUCAGAGAUGUCUGUUCUAAGAGACUCUGACCAUAAUCCAUACACGGCCUUGAGUUUUCUGAACGAUAACUGGCCACAAAGGGAGAGUUCCAUCUCUGAAGUGGAAGACCCCCACCCAAUUGACUUUGGGAAAAAACAGACGUGACAGAGAGUAAAGUUGCUGAAUUAGGAAAGUAAAUCAAGCUGAAGGAAGAUGUAAGGUAACAUAUUUUCAUGCUCAUGCAAGCAAUAAUAUUUUUUUUCAUAUUAAUAUUUACAAUAUAAUCUUUUGACUUUUUUUACAGGCAGGAUGAGAAUGCAAGAGCUAUUUAUAUUUAUCUGAAUUCCAAGAAGAAUGUCUGUCCGGUAGACUAAUAUAUUCGUUGUGAAAAGUGGAUGCUCUUAAACUGUAACCUCAAAUCAUUGCCCCAUCUUGAUCAAAUAUGCAAAGUGUCUAGUUAUUACAAUGCAGCAAAAUAUACCUUUGCAUUUAGCAAGUGGUAAAAAAAAGCAAUAUAUAAAUGCAAAAAUGGAACACAUACUUGAAUUCAUUGGGCUACGCACGUUAAAACUACAGAUGAGAUAAAGUCAGUUUAAAUUAUUUAAUUUUCUGUACUUCAAUGGAUUCCCCCCCCACCAAAUAUUUUAAAGGUAAGUACUAGAAGUAUCUGAGAAGUUCAGAUUUCUGAAGUAAUUGAAUCUAUUUCUAUAGCACUUAGCAGUAUUUUUACUUAUUUAACUCUUUUGUAUCCCUACAAACACUUUGUGCGUGUUACAAUCAGCGGAUUAUGAGCAUCCAUUUUUGUAUCUUAGAAACGUUAAAUAUACAUGGAAAAAAGGACAUUUAAAUAUAAGCAUUAUGAGCAAGACAAUAGCUCUUAAGAUAAUGAUAAGACAAAUGAAAAAGUUCUCAUUCAAAUUCCAAAAUGCUGCAUUGCAAUGUUAUUUGUAUCCACCAGGGAAUGCUAGGUGAAUAGAUAUUGCACAGGACUGUUAUGUGUAUUUACUGCUACCAAUGCAAGAGGAUAGUUCUUCUGUGAGGAACUGUUGAUAGCUUUUAUUAACAUACUAUUAUUAAGUAUGCUUUUUAAGACUGCCAUUUCCCAAAGGAUGUUUUAAUGGGUAAAUGGCCAAAUUUUAGUGUUCCAUCGUCCCCAGCGGAUUAGAAGUACACUGGCUAAUAUAAAAAUGUUAAGUUGCCUUUUCACACUACAGCCUAUGUUAGAUUGUAGUUUCCUAUACAUUUUGGUUUUAGCUUUUAAAAUGCUUUGUCCAGGAAAUUAACUUUGAAUCUUGCCUCUGAUACACCAAAUUUUCAAUGCAAGGUUUUAAAAUUAAAAGUUAUUUCUCUAUUA